UUCGUCCAGCAGCACCUUAUACUCCUCUGGCAUGGUCCAUACGGUCUCUUUGGAGGUUGCAUUAUGGUAGUAUUUCUUCCCUUCAGGUGUCGUGUACUCCUUCCAAGGACUUUUUUCAAGUGCCAGCUCUUUUGGUGUUUUUAGUUCAUCAGGCUUCUGCCAAACUGUCUGUCUAGUCGUCUGGUGAUAGUAGUACUUUCGUCCGUCCUGAUGCGUGUACUCCACCCAUAGACUCUUUGAUGGUGAAUCAGCCAUGGCGUCUUUGGCGUUAUGUUGAGUUGGUGCCUUUUCAAGAACAGUGGGAGUUGCUUGAUCUCGUUUAUUCUGUGAGGUGGCUUGUUACCAAAGCCAAAAAGCCUUGACCUUGUUAAGAUGCACGACUUUGGACUGGAGAAAGAAUUCAAUGCCUCGGAUCACAUCUCAGGAGCUAGUCUCAGGAAUCGUGCAGGAAUGCCACACUCAGUUCAGUAAACUUCCUAAGCAUGGGAAGCCAGCCAAGAAGACCAAUGGUCAGACAGAAUGGACUAUUCUUGCAGGAAUUGUCAUGGCAAUUCCUGUAAACGACACUGAACAGAGUGCUGAUAAAAAGGGCGAGGGAGAUGAACUAUGGGACAUAGCAUGUAUAUCACUUGCAACAGGAAGCAAAUGUUUACCUCAAAGCAAACUGAGUCCUCGUGGGGAUGUCGUAAACGACUGCCACGCAGAAGUCCUUGCUCGCAGAGGAUUUAACAGAUGGUGUCUGGCGCAAAUGCAAUCGUGCAUUGGCAAUCCCGACAAUCCCAAGAAUAUAUUUCGCUAUAUAGGAGAGCAAAGUACAGGGCAGGGCGAGAAGUGGCCAUUCUUCGAGCUUGUAAGCUCGCGUACUCAGUUCCAUCUGUAUGUCAGCCAGUCACCUUGUGGCGAUGCCACAACAGCCAGCCUUGCUUUGACUCAAACAGCAGAAUCUAAACAAGCUUUCAUGAAUGGCCAAAAGCUACAGACUAACAUGGGAACACGAAUAUUCGCACCAGCUCUUGAAAUCGGAGUCGUGGGAUCUAAACGCCAACGCGAAAAGGAUAUUGAAAGCUUGCCAGUUGCUAUAAAAUGUCCAAGGCUUGAUGAGAUGGAAGAUAUCUCUACCGUUAGUGCGUCGCUAAUUAAUUGCGAUCAUGUUCUUGAGCUUCGGCGGGGCCGGGUUGAUUAUGACUCAGUGGGUGUGCUGCGGACAAAACCUGGUCGAGUUGAUUCAGAGCCAACCCUGUCCAUGUCUUGUUCAGACAAGAUUGCACGAUGGAACGUCCUUGGAAUCACCUCAGCAUUAGUUGCGCCGUUUCUUAAACCUAUUUUUUUGCAAUCUAUUGUGAUUUGUGAGCUAUUUGACACUACUGCACUUGAGAGAGCGCUUUUUGGCCGAAUUAAGUGCUGCAGAUGUUCUGAUAAUUCUUUACAGCCAACGCAACUGCAUCCAAUUGACAUUCAUAAGACUACAUCCGUGUUCGAGUUCAGUAAAGAAUCAAUUACAGCAAAGAAUGAACAAGAAGGGGUUAUGACCCCUCCAGUUGCAUGCCCUUCUAGUAUCUCAUGGAUCGCAUCGGAGUCCUUGACAACGGAGGUCCUUGUGAAUGGCUGUAAAGCUGGUGCAUCUGCUAGACAACCGCUACAGUCAAAAUCAAGAAGUCGGCUCUGUAAACUUAAUAUGUUCAAAGCAAGUGUUGCUCUUUGGAAAAGUCUUCCCUCAUUUAAUCUGAAAUCUUCAAAUCAAGACAAUCUUGUGCAGCGUUUGAUGAGCGAGGAUUCAAGCAAUAUAAUUUAUGCAGAUUGGAAAGCACAGACUUCAGAGUAUAAUACUGUGAAGCAGCAGCUCUUUCAAGGCGUGUUCCAAAAUUGGGUUAAAAACGAUAAAACAUUAGAAAUGUUUAACGUUGAUGGAGAAAUAAAGUAA